AUGUCACAGACAACUUCGUGGACACAGCAAGAGGAUAAUAAUAAGAAGAGGAUAGUACCUAAAAUGCAGAUGGAUCAUAGGAAUAAAAUGGUUGCCUCAAGAGAUUCUUCAUCAAAUAGCGGUGGCAGUUCAAGCUCUUCAUCGAGUAGCAGCAGUAGUAGCAGUAGUUCAUCUUCCACAGCAUCAUCACAAGCUAAAUUGCCAGUUAUGGUAUUUGUUCAUGGUGAAUCAUACGAAUGGAAUAGUGGCAAUCCAUAUGAUGGUUCAGUAUUAGCCAGUUUUGGUCAAAUGUUAGUUGUUACUAUUAACUAUCGUUUGGGUUUAUUAGGUUUCUUAAAUGCCAACACCGAUCGUUAUUCAAAGCUGCCAGCCAACUAUGGUUUGAUGGACAUUAUAGCAGCAUUACAUUGGUUAAAGGAAAAUAUAGCUGCUUUUGGCGGUGACCCGCAAAGUAUAACAUUAGCUGGCCAUGGCACUGGAGCAGCAUGUGUUCAUUUUCUAAUAUCAUCAAUGGCAGUGCCAGAAGGUUUACUAUUCAAUCGUGCGAUAUUAAUGUCUGGCUCAGGUUUGACACCUUGGUCUUUGGUUAGUAAUCCAGCCAAAUAUGCUGCCAUUGUAGCACAUCAUGUUAACUGUGCACCCGAUCUGCCGCAUGCACAUUUUAUGAAGUGUUUAAGAGAAAAACCUUUAGAACAAUUGUUAAGUGUACCGAUUAGACAACCUGAGUUUGGUUUUGCCUUUGGCCCCAGCAUUGAUGGUGUUGUUAUAGAUGGUGGUGACUAUGUUCCACCACCAGCUGGCUCUUUAAAUGCACAAGCUUCAACGUUGGCCGGUGGUGGUUUGGGUGGUGAGGCUGGCAAUGCAGCGCAUGGUGGUUGGGGUACACCGGGACAAUUGGAAAAUAUAGUGUUAAUGAGGAAAACAGCUAUAAAUAAAUUAUCCAGAUAUGAUUUAAUGGCUGGCGUAACACGUGCUGAGGCGUUUUUCUCCUUCAAUUCGGGUGAUGUUCAAUAUGGUAUUGAAGCCGAUAGACGUUCAAAAAUCUUAAAGGCCUACGUGCGUAAUACAUACACGUAUCACUUAAAUGAAAUAUUCGCAACGAUUGUUAAUGAGUAUACGGAUUGGGAGAGACCAGUACAGCAUCCAAUCAAUAUCAGAGACGAAACUUUAGAGGCCUUAAGUGAUGCUCAAGUAGUUGCACCAGCUGCUCAAACUGUAGACCUGCAUUCCGCUGAUCAUCGAAAUUCGUAUUUAUAUGUAUUUGAUUAUCAGACUAGAUAUGGUGAUUAUCCACAGCGUCAAGGUUGUAUACAUGGUGAGGAUUUGCCAUAUAUAUUCGGUGCUCCACUGGUGGGUGGUUUCAAUCAUUUUACUCGUAAUUAUACAAAAACAGAGAUAAGCCUGUCGGAGAUAGUCAUGCUAUACUGGUCAAAUUUUGUGAGAACGGGUAAUCCUAAUGAGCAAAUGGAAAGUGAUCAUGGUAGUCGACAGGAGAGAAGUCGCUAUAAAAUUAUCGAAUGGACUGCCUAUGAGAGUGUACAUAAGAAAUAUUUAAAUUUUGACACUAAACCCAAACUGAAAAAUCACUAUCGCGCCCAUCGCUUAUCAUUUUGGCUAAAUCUAAUACCUGAUCUACACAAGCCUGGUGGUGACAAUGUACCCGCCUCACAUCAUCAACUAAGCGAUGAUGAUGAAAUGGACAAUAAUAUUGCCAGUGAUGCUUCCAUUAAGCCCCUCAAUCCACCCUAUUCACCGGGUAUAGGAAAUCCAGCUUUAGGGAAUUUCAGUAUAUUCACCAAUCAGGUCUUCUCCUUGUUAAAUCUUAGUUCACCAUCAUCAUCGCUACAGCGGAAUGGUACACGUUAUACUGGCAGUAAAAUGUAUCCAGAUGAUAUGAUGGACGGUGAUGGUCAUGGUGGAUCACAGGCUUCACAAGAUAGUGAUGGUUUUGCUGCCUAUUCAACAGCUUUAAGUGUAACUAUAGCUAUAGGUUGCAGUUUGCUAAUACUGAAUGUUCUGAUAUUUGCUGGUGUUUAUUAUCAACGUGACAAGACUAGACUAAAUGAGCCGAGAUCACAGACGAAACUGAAAAGACAAGAGAGUGGACAAAUGCCUAAUAAUAUAUGUGGUGACCUCGAGACUUUAACCAUACACAGUAAAAGUGAUCCUGCCACUAUAUUAUCACAUCAUCAUGCUUUACAGCAUCAUCAACUGCCGCCGCCAGAAUUUGCGGAUAUACCUCAUCGAGCACCACCACCACCAAAACACAUGAAAUCUCUGCAGGACCCUGGAGGUGGAGGAGGUGUGGGUGGUAAUGGCUCUGCAUCUACAGCUACAAUUAUGGGUUUAAUGCCACCACCACAUGCGCUGCAGGUAAUGGGCAAUCAGUGUGGUACUUUAACGAAAAAAAGUUGCAUGAAACAAUCUUCUAUGCAGCAGCAACAGCAACAACUUAGCCAUCAACAGCAGCAACAACAACAACAGCAGCAGCAACAACAAAUGAUUGUAACACAUCAGCAUCAAAUGCAAAAUUCUCAUAAUCAAACAAUGACAACCUCAUUGACUGGUGCGGGUCCACCGCCGCCUCCACCCACCGUACAAGUUAGUACAGCUCAAUCAAUGCAACAACAUCAGUUGCAACAACAACAACAGCAGCAGCAACAACAACAACAUCCAUUAAUGGACGAACUAAGAGUGUGACAUUAAUUAACCGUACGUUUUAAAUGUGAUCUCUAAUAUAAAACAACAACUAACCACAAAACAAAAAUACUCAAACUAAAUCAAAUUUUCCUCUUCCCGACAACUUGUCUUGUGUUAAUUUUGAACUUUUUUGUCUUAACUAGAGAUUACAUUAGCGUGCGUUUAACUUUUUUUAAUUUUAUAGAUUUUUAUUUUCUAGCUAAAAUAGUCGAAAAAAAAACAAACAAAGCAACAAGAAAAAAAUGUUAAAACAAACAUUUCAAAUACUAAUUACUUAAAUAUACCAAAGAGGAAAACCAAAUAUCCUUUAACGAAAAAUUAUUGUAAAUGUUAAGUUACUAACUGAAAGAAAAAAAUAUAUAUUUUUCUUGAUGUUUAAACUGUUGUUUCUUACCUUUCCCCUAUUUAGAAAUUCUGUGUAUAUAAAUAGCAUAAAUAAUUAAGUGAAAAUAAACGUAAGUAAGUGUUAGUUUAUUAUUUAAUAAAAGUAAAAAAAGACAAAUGAAAUCCUUUUUACUAUUAGGACCAACAAAAAAAUAAGAGAAAUAUUUCAUUACUUAUUUCAAUAUUUUAUACGAGUAUAUAGUUAUUGAACCUAGUUUUUAUAAGCGACUAAUUUAAUUAUUUUAAAAAUCUUUACUUUCUUAACGUUAAUAACGUCCUACUUAGUUAAUUCAAUUUUCUGUUUUCUUUAUUCCAUUUAUUUUUUAACAUAUCUGUAACCUAAGUUGCUGGUGACCUCUGAUAGGUUGGAGGUUAAUGUGCUAGUCUUGUAGACCGGAGGUUGUGGGUUCGAUUCCCAUCCGAGGCUCUGGUUGAGGAGCGCACAACAGGCCCGAUAGAGGCCCAGGUGUAUUUCUUCGGAUUUCGUGUGUAUACAUCCUCCUUUCAAACUAUGCAACUAACUAAGUUGCUGCUUUGUAAGAUGCAUUUUAAAAAAAUUCUUUUUGACUCCAGCUACGCAGAAACGUAUGCCCAAAAGUUCUUUUUGGUUCUCAUGAAUGUCUCGAAUGAUCUUAGUGUGUAACAGUGUGUACCAUCCUAAAGUAAACCAAAUUCGCCGCAGAACUAUGUCCUGGCUACUCAGUUGGUUGAGGUUCCAUGAGGGUCCUCGCGUGAAAAUUAAGUUGCUGUUAAAAGACUGAUGCAUUAUAAAGAUUAUAUUUCGGUAUAAGUCCGGACAGGAGUGACUGACGGACUAAGCUUUUGCAAAUAAAUUGGUGUUAAAUGUAUAUAAUACAGGCUAUACGAGAAGUGUGAAGGAUCGACGGAUGAAAGAUAUUAUAUUUAAGUGAUACCAUUGAAUUUCCCUUGUUUGCCCAGGUGUGUUCAGAGAAAACUUUGUUCAUAUCAGAUUUACCACAGUGUGUUCUCCAUAAGUAAGGACAAAGUCAUCGGCUUAUUUGAUGGAUUUGUACUUCGAUCUACGGAAGUAGCUCAAUUACUUAAGCGAAGUGCACGUAUACUGAACCGGAAAUUCCAUUUAGUCAGGUUUUGCUGGAUUGUCUUUUCAAAUGAUUCUGUAUUUGAGGGCUAGAAUGGCGAAUACGGCAUUUUUUUAAUUUUCUAAAGGGAGCUUUGAUUGGUCUACUCAAAUGAUAUCCAAUCAUUUAGGCUUAUAUUAAGCAGUUAUUUCAUUUAAUGACCAAUAUCGAGAACUAUCAAUAGAUUUCAUUUGAGUCAAAAAUUAUAUGUGUAGAAAAUUUCAUGGACAGACAUGUAAUGAACUCAGAGCAAGAUUUUGAACGUUAUUUUGGGAAUAAAUUUCCUAAUAAGAUUUCCUCAUCUGAUCUGAAAGUAUUAACUUGUCUAUCAGAUUUAUGGCUAAGAUACAAAGCCAAUUAUGAUUUAGUCACUAAAAAUCUCAAAACUAAUUUAAAAAUUUUUCUCAUUGAUGAAAUGAAUUCUAACAUUUUGAAACAUUGGAUUAUAGUUGACCCUAGCUGUCCACUUCACAAAAUGACUUUAGAAUUUUUAAGCAGUAUACAGCAAACUUAUUAUUUACUUAUUUAAAAUUCAUUUAUUUUACCAGUAACUUUCCCCUAAAGUUUAAAAAAUUCUAAUUUUUAAAAUUAACAUUUUUAUUUAAAAUUUCAUUAAAUAUUUAUUAAAUGUUGUUCUUCCAAAGACUGAAUUAUUAUGUAUGUAAAUUAAAAAUUUAGCUAGAUAAUAAGAUUAGUAAUAAACAUAAUAUAUUAUAAAUUAUAAACUUUUUUUUAGUUUAAUAAUUUACAAAAA